AUGCUUCUCCCUGCCCUCCUCUUUGGGACGGCCUGGGCACUGGCUAAUGGCCGGUGGUGUGAACAUACAGAAACCUUCCUGGUGGAGGAGGAAGUGACCCCCCGCCAGGAGGACCGGGUACCUUGCACCAGCCUCUACCAUUACCAGCGCCUGGGCUGGCAGCUGGACCUGUCCUGGAGUGGACGUGCCGGGCUCUGUCCCAUCUACAAACCCCCAGAAACCCGGCUCGCUGCAAGGAACCGGACAGUGAGGGCUUGCUGCCCAGGCUGGGGGGGCACCCGCUGCACCCUGGCCCUUGCAGAAGCCACCCCUGGGGGCCACUGCUUUGCCACGCGGCAAUGCCAACUGCAGGCCGGCUCAGCUAACGCUUCUGCGGGAAGCCUGGAGGAGUGCUGUGCUUGGCCUUGGGGACACAGCUGGCGGGAUGGCAGCUCCCAGGCCUGCCUCAGCUGCUCUAGCCGACACCUCCCAGGCAGCGCUCCCUCUGCAGCCGUCCUGCUGCCCCUGGCGGGGGCCGUGGCCCAGUUCUGGAGCCAGCGCCAGCCGCCCUCGGCCACCUGCGCCACCUGGUCAGGCUUCCACUACCGCACCUUUGACGGACGCCACUACCACUUCCUGGGCCGCUGCACUUACCUGCUGGCGGGCGCCGCUGAUGCCACCUGGGCGGUCCACCUCACACCCAGGGGGCAUUGCCCCCAGCCUGGGCACUGUCAGCUGGCCCGAGUAAUGAUGGGACCUGAGGAGGUGCUGAUCCAGGGCAGAAACGUCUCUGUGAACGGGAAGCUGGUACCUGACGGGGAGUCUCAGCUGCUCCAUGGGCUGAGCCUGCAGUGGCAGGGGGACUGGCUGGUGUUGUCUGGGGGUCUGGGGGUCACCGUACGCCUGGACGGGUCCAGUUCCGUCUCUGUUUCCGUGGACUCUGAGCUCCAGGGACAAACUCAAGGUCUCUGUGGAGUCUACAAUGGCCAGCCUGAGGAUGACUUCCUGGAGCCUGGAGGGAGACUGGCUGUGUUAGCUGCCACCUUCGGGAAUUCCUGGAGGCUCCCUGACUCAGAGCCUGGGUGUCUGGAUUCAGCAGAGGCAGCCCAGGGCUGUGAGGGCCCCCUGAGCAGCUCGGAGGCAAGCAUGCAGGCUGAUGCCCAAGAUGUGUGCUACCAGCUGCUGGACAGUCCCUUCAGGGAAUGCCAUGCCCAGGUCCCCCCUGCUGAGUACCACCAGGCCUGCCUCUUUGCCUACUGUUCUGGGGCCCCAGCAGGCAGUGGGCGAGAGGCCCAUCGGGAAGCCGUGUGCAGCACCUUGGCCAACUAUGCCCAGGAGUGUGCCAAGCAGCACAUCCACGUGGGCUGGAGGAAGCCAGGCUUCUGCGAGCGUCUGUGCCCCGGGGGCCAGCUCUACUCAGACUGCGUCUCAGCCUGCCCACCCAGCUGCUCAGCAGUGGGGGACGGAGGGGAGGGGUCCUGCCGGGAAGCGUGCGUGAGCGGCUGCGAGUGCCCGCCCGGCCUCUUCUGGGACGGCGCCCUCUGUGUGCCUGCUGCCCGCUGCCCCUGCUACCACCGGCGCCGGCGCUAUGCCCCCGGGGACACCGUGCGCCAGCUGUGCAACCCGUGUGUGUGCCAGGACGGCCGCUGGCUCUGCACGCAGGCGCCGUGCCCAGCCGAGUGCGCGGUGGGCGGGGACGGGCAUUACCUCACCUUCGAUGGGCGGAGCUUCUCCUUCCGCGGCAGCCCGGGUUGCCGCUCCAGCCUGGUGCAGGACCUGAAGGGGCAGCCGCUGAUUGUGCUGGAGCACGGGGCUUGUGACGCUGGGAGCUGCCUCCACGCCAUCUCCGUGUCCCUGGGAGACACGCACAUCCAGCUCAGAGACUCAGGAGCUGUACUCAUCGAUGGGCAGGAUGUGGGCUUGCCGUGGAGCGGGCCCAAGGGCCUCAGUGUUUCCCGCGCCUCCUCCACCUUCCUACUGCUGCGCUGGCCUGGGGCCCAGGUCCUGUGGGGAGUGUCUGACCCUGCAGCCUACAUCACUCUGGACCCCCGCCAUGCCCGCCAGGUGCAGGGUCUGUGCGGCACCUUCACCUGGAACCAGCAGGAUGACUUCCUGACACCUGCCGGCGAUGUGGAGACCAGCACCGCAGCCUUUGCUAGCAAAUUCCAGGUGGCAGGCGAGGGAAGGUGCCCCUCAGAAGACAGCGCCCUACUUUCCCCCUGCAGCACCCACACUCAGCGCCGCGAUUUUGCAGAGGCAGCGUGUGCCGUCUUGCAUGGCCCAACCUUCCAGGAAUGCCAAGGGCUGGUCGACAGGGAGCCGUUCCACCUGCGCUGCUUGGCGGCUGUGUGUGGCUGUGCUCCUGGCAAGGACUGCCUGUGCCCUGUGCUUGCUGCCUUUGCUCGUCGCUGUGCCCGGGAGGGUGCCCUGUCUCUCUGGAGGUCCCAGACACUGUGCCCUGUCCCGUGUCCCAGCGGCCAGGAGUACCAGGAGUGUGCCCCAGUGUGUGGUCAAAACUGUGGGGAGCCAGAAGACUGUGAGGAGCUGGGGGGCUGUGUGUCUGGUUGUAACUGUCCCCCAGGACUGCUCCGGGACCCCGAGGGCGAGUGUGUGCCCCCCAGCUUGUGCUCCUGCCAGCUUGGAACUCAGCGCUAUGCACCUGGCAGUGUCACCACGAAGGACUGUAACCACUGUGUCUGCCAAGAGAGGGGCCUCUGGAAUUGCUCUGCUCAGCAUUGUGGCCCCCAGCGGACAUUCUGCCCCGGUGACCUUGUCUAUGUCCCUGGUGCCUGCCUUCUCACCUGUGACAGCCCUGGUACCAACCACUCCUGCCCCCCAGACAGCAUGGGAAGCUGUGUGUGUCCCCCGGGCACUGUGCUGCUGCACGAGCGCUGCGUGCCUCCCGAGCUCUGCCCCUGCCGUCACGGUGGGCAGUGGUAUCCGCCCAACGCUACCAUCCAGGAGGACUGCAACGUUUGCGUGUGUCAGGCUCAGCAGUGGCACUGCACAGGCCACCGGUGUGGUGGGUGGUGCCAGGCAUCGGGCGCCCCCCACUACGUGACCUUUGAUGGGCUGGCUUUCACCUUCCCUGGAGCCUGUGAAUAUCUGCUGGUGCGAGAAGCCGGCGGCCGCUUCACCAUCUCCGCCCAGAACCUGCCCUGUGGGGCCAGCGGCCUCACCUGCACCAAGGCGCUGACCGUGCGGCUGCAGAGCACCAUCGUGCACAUGCUCAGAGGCCGGGCAGUGACAGUGAAUGGGGUGAGCAUAACGCCCCCCAAAGUCUACACGGGCCCUGGGCUGAGCUUGCGUCAUACUGGUCUCUUCCUGCUGCUCACGACCCGCCUGGGCCUCAGCCUGCUGUGGGAUGGAGGCACCCGGAUCGUGGUGCGGCUGUCCCCGCAGUUCCACGGCCGCGUGUCUGGGCUGUGUGGAGAUUUUGAUGGAGAUGCCAGCAACGACCUGCGGAGCCGCCAGGGCGUCCUGGAACCCACUGCUGAGCUGGCCGCCCACUCCUGGCACCUGAGUCCACUCUGCCCUGAGCCAGGAGACCUGCCACACCCCUGCACCGUGAACGCCCACCGGGCCAGCUGGGCCCGUGCCCGCUGCGCGGUGAUGCUGCAGCCCCUCUUUGCCCGCUGCCAUGCAGAGGUGCCCCCGCAGCAGCACUACGAGUGGUGUGUGUAUGAUGCCUGCGGCUGCGAUUCGGGGGGCGACUGUGAGUGUCUCUGCUCGGCCAUUGCCACCUACGCAGACGAGUGUGCCCGGCAUGGGCUCCCCGUGCGCUGGCGCAGCCAGGAGCUCUGCCCUCUGCAGUGUGAGGGAGGCCAGGUGUACGAGGCCUGUGGCCCCAUGUGUCCGCCCACCUGCCAUGACCAUGGUCCCGAGCCCGGCUGGCACUGCCAGGCCUUCGCCUGUGUGGAGGGCUGCUUCUGCCCAGAGGGGACCCUGCUGCAUGGAGGAGUCUGCUUAGAGCCAGCUUCCUGCCCCUGUGAGUACGGGGGCAGCUUCUUCCCGCCGGGGACUGUGCUGCAGAAGGACUGUGGGAACUGCACAUGCAAGGAAAGCCAGUGGCUUUGUGGGAGCGACAGUUCCAUCUGUGAGGAGCCAGAGCCUGGCUGUGUGGAGGGAGAGGCCCCAUGCCGCGAGAGUGGGCACUGUGUACCCCACAGGUGGCUUUGUGACAACCAGGAUGACUGUGGCGAUGGCUCAGACGAGGAGGGCUGUGCCACGCCAGGCUGUGGGGAGGGCCAGAUGUCUUGCCGCUCCGGCCACUGCCUGCCCCUGGCCCUGCGCUGUGACGGGCGGGACGACUGUGGAGACGGGACGGAUGAGCAGAGCUGCCCUUGCCCCCGUGGCUCCCUGGCUUGCACGGAUGGGCGCUGCCUGCCCCUGGCCCUGCUCUGUGACGGGCAUCCCGACUGUCCAGAUGCUGCUGAUGAGGAGGCCUGUCUGGGGCAGCUGAACUGCACUCCCGGGGAGCUGUCCUGCGUUGAUGGCUCGUGCGUGGGGGCCAUCCUGCUGUGUGAUGGAAUCUGGGACUGCCCAGAUGGAGCGGACGAGGGACCUGGGCACUGCCCCUUGCCUUCGCUGCCCACGCCCCCAGCUGGCACUCUGCCUGGCCCUUCCACUGGCGUUGGGGAGAUUGCCCCAACUCCCCCGGCCAGCACCAGCCCUGCGCCACCCUGCGGCCCCCUCGAAUUCCGGUGCGGCAGCGGCGAGUGCGCGCCCCGGGGCUGGCGCUGCGACGGCGAGGAGGACUGCGCCGAUGGCAGCGACGAGCGCGGCUGCGGCCGGCCCUGCGCCCGGCACCACGCGCCCUGCGCUCGCGGCCCGCACUGCGUGUCCCCCGCGCAGCUGUGCGACGGCGUGCCGCACUGCCCCGACGGCUCGGACGAGGACCGCGACGCCUGCGAGGGGAUGACAGCCCUAGGAGGCCCCAACGGGACCAGGGCUCCCUGCCCGGAAUUCUCCUGCCCUGAUGGCCUCUGCAUCAGUUUCCAGCUGGUGUGUGACGGGCAGCCUGACUGUGAAUCGGUGGGGGAGCUAGGGCCUUCCCCAGAAGAGCAGGGCUGUGGGGCCUGGGGUCCCUGGAGCUCAUGGGGGCCGUGCAGCCGGACAUGUGGGCUGGGGGUGCAGGCCCGGAGCCGCCACUGCUCCCCGCCUGGUCUCCCGGUGCUGCAGCACUGCCCAGGCCCGGAGCACCAGACUCAGGCCUGCUUCACGGCUGCCUGCCCAGUGGAUGGCGAAUGGACCCCCUGGUCUCCCUGGUCCCUGUGCACUGAGCCGUGCAUGGGAACUGCGACCCGUCAGCGACAGUGCCACCCCCCCCAGAAUGGGGGCCGGCCCUGUGCCAUGCUGCCUGGGGACCCUCCCACCACCCGCCAGAGCAGGCCAUGCCCUCAUGCCGGCUGUCCCAAUGCCACCUGCUCUGGGCAGCUGGUGUUCUGGCCCUGUGCCCCCUGCCCUCUGACUUGUGAUGAAAUCUCUGGUCAGGUUGAGUGCGCGGCUACCCGGCCUUGCAGAAGCCCUGGCUGCUGGUGCCCUGCCGGCCAGGUGCUGGACAGUGAGGGCCGGUGUGUGGGGCCCCAGCAGUGCCCCUGCCUGCAGGACGACACCUGGUACCAGCCAGGGCAGCGCAUCAGGGCCAACUGCCAGCUCUGCACCUGCCAAGACGGACGGCCCCAGCGCUGUCGGCCUGACCCAGCCUGCUCCGUGAACUGUGGCUGGUCCUCCUGGUCCCCCUGGGGAGAGUGCUUGGGCCCUUGUGGGACCCAGAACAUUCAGUGGUCCUUCCGGAGCCCCAACAACCCCCGCCUCUCCGGCCAAGGUCGCCAGUGCCGGGGUAUCCACCGCAAGGCCCGCAGGUGCUGGACGGAGCCCUGCACGGGCUGUGAGCAGCAGGGCCGGGCCCACACGGUGGGGGAGCGCUGGCGAGACGGCCCCUGCAGAGUGUGCCAGUGUCUGCACAACAGCACCAUGCGCUGCUCCCCCUACUGCCCACUGGGCAGCUGCCCCCAGGACUGGGUCCUGGUGGAGGGAGUAGGAGGCUCCUGUUGCCACUGCGCCCCGCCUGGUGAGAACCAGACGGUCCACCUCCUGGCCACUCCUGCCCCCUCUCCAGCCCUCAGUGCCCAGAUUGGACCCCCUCUGGUCACCUACGUUCUGCCUCCGCCUGGAGACCCCUGCUAUUCUUUGCUGGGCCUGGCCCGACUUCCCGAGGGAAGCCUGAAGCUGGAGCCCCCCACCCAGGCUGCCCUCCUGGGGGCUCCCACCGAGGGGCCUGGCUCUCAGGGUGGGAGCACUCGGAGGCACACCCGCCCCCCCUUCCUGCAGCUCAACCUGCUACAGCCUAGGAACCUCACUGGCAUCAUGGUGCAGGGGGCUGGGUCCUCCGCCUCCCUCCAGUUUAGCAGUGAUGGUCUACACUGGCACAACUAUACUGACCUCCUGCCUGGUGCACACCUGUCCCUACAGCUUUUUGCUAGGAACGUGGACGACGGGGCCCCCACAGUGCGGACUUUCGGCCGGAUGGUGCAGGCGCAGCAUGUCCGGGUGUGGCCCCACAUCAGCCAUCGUGACGCCAACCACAGCAUCUCCCCACGGGUGGAGCUGCUGGGCUGUGCGCCAGUGUCCCCACUGGAGGCGCCUCCGUGCCCAGGAGGUGGGCGCCGCUGUGCGGGUGCUGAGUGUGCCCCGCGGGGGGAGCCGUGCAACGGGGUGAAGGACUGUGAGGACGGCUCCGAUGAGGAGGGCUGCACGCCCCCGCCCACCGCCCCGGGCAGGUAUGGGGUGCCCUGCUGCCCAGCUUAUCCGUGGAGGGGCCGGCCUGUGCCCCAGCUCAGCUCUCUCCCUUUACAGGCUCUGGCAGAUGCUGAGCGCUGGCGUCCCUUGCGAGGGUCCCCCACACCCCCCACAGGGAAGGGGCCAGUGACUUGGGCCCCAGCCUCCGAGCCUCCUUACUUGAGUCCUGGGGAGCCUGUGCACACGGUGACCACCACCCCCACAUCCCAGGUGACCCCGGUGGCCCCUGCUGGUGUCCCGUCAGCCGCUGCGGUGGGGCCCACAGCUCUGCCCACCCCAGGCCAGAGCGUCGUCCUGGAGCCCUUCCCACCUGCGCGGUGCAGCCCAGGCCAGGUGCCCUGUGAGGUGCUGGGCUGCGGGGAGCAGGGACAGCGGUGUGACGGCAGGGAGGACUGUCUGGAUGGCUCUGACGAGAGGCACUGUGCGAGCCCUGUGCCCUUCACGGUGCCCACCAUGGCCCUGGCCGGGCUGCUGGCCUCGAGAGCCCCCUGCUCCCCAAGCCAGCUGAGCUGCGGUAGUGGGGAGUGCCUGCCGGCUGAGCGGCGCUGUGACCUGCGGCCAGACUGCCAGGACAGCUCGGACGAGGUCGGCUGUGUGGACUGUGGGCUGGCGCCCUGGUCUGGCUGGAGCGGCUGCAGCCGCACCUGUGGGCCGGGCCUCGCCUUCCAGCGCCGAGAUCUGCUGCGGCCUCCCCUGCCUGGGGGCAGCUGCCCGUCCGACAGGCUCCGCAGCCAACCCUGCUUCGUGCAGGCCUGCCCAGUGGCUGGGGCGUGGGCUGCCUGGGGGGCCUGGGGGCCCUGCAGUGUCUCCUGUGGGGGUGGCCAUCGGAGUCGCCAGAGGAGUUGUGUGGACCCCCCGCCCAAGAACGGUGGUGCCCCGUGCCCUGGGGCCUCGCACGAGAGGGCACCCUGCGCCCUGCAGCCCUGCCCAGGGGAUGUGGGCUGCGGGCCUGGCCGAGUGCAUGUUAGUGCUGAGCUGUGCCGGAAGGGGCUGGUGCCACCGUGUCCGCCCUCCUGCUGGGACCCGGAGGCCAACAGAAGUUGCAGUGGGCCCUGUCUGGAGGGAUGCCGCUGCCCCCCUGGGCUGCUCCUCCAUGAUACUCGCUGCCUGCCGCUCUCCGAGUGCCCUUGCCUCGUGGGUGAAGAGCUGAAGAAGCCGGGGGUGCCCUUCGUCCUGGACAACUGCAGCCGCUGCGUGUGUGAGAACGGGGCCCUGCUGUGUGAACCCGGGGGCUGCCCCGUGCCCUGCGGCUGGUCGGCCUGGUCCUCCUGGGGUCCCUGUGACCGCUCCUGUGGCUCUGGAGUGAGGGCCAGGUUCAGAUCCCCUUCCAACCCUCCGGCUGCUUCCGGGGGUGCCCCGUGUGACGGCGACAGACAGGAGCUGCAGGCCUGCCGCGUGGAGUGCAGGAUAGAGCUGCUGGGCUGGAGCUCCUGGGCACCCUGGUCCUCCUGCUCCCAGAGCUGCCUGGCCGUGGGAGGAGGCCCUGGUUGGCGCAGUCGUUCCCGGUUCUGCCCCAGCUCCGGGAACACGUCCUGCCCAGGAGAGCCCACCCAGGAGGAGGCCUGCAGCCCCCCUGUGUGCCCAGUGCUAAGCGCCUGGGGUCCGUGGGCUCCGUGGUCUGCCUGCUCGGCCCCCUGUGAUGGAGGCGUCCAGAUACGUGGGCGCAGCUGCUCUGGUUCCACUCCCGGCGACCCCGAGUGCCAGGGACCUCACAGCCAGACCAGGGAUUGCAACAUGCAGCCCUGCGCAGCUCAGUGCCCGGGGGACAUGGUGUUCCGCUCCGCAGAGCAGUGCCAGCGGGACGGGGGCCCCUGCCGUAAGCUGUGCCUGGCUCAGGACCCUGAGGUUGAGUGCACCAGCUUCUGCACCCCUGGCUGCACCUGCCCGCCUGGCCUUUUCCUGCACAACGCCAGCUGCUUGCCCCGCAGUCAGUGCCCCUGCCAGCUGCGUGGGCAGCUCUACGCCCCGGGAGCACAGGCUCAGCUGGAUUCCUGCAACAACUGCACCUGCAUCUCUGGUGAGAUGGUGUGCACCUCGGAGCCCUGCCCAGUGGCCUGUGGCUGGAGCCCCUGGACCCCGUGGAGUGUUUGCAGCCGCAGCUGUGAUGUGGGCCUUCGGCGGCGCUUCCGGGCAGGCACUGCGCCGCCCGCUGCCUUCGGGGGUGCUGCAUGCCAGGGCCCCAACAUGGAGGCCGAAUUCUGCAGCCUGCGGCCAUGUCGGGGUCCCAGUGGGGAGUGGGGCCCCUGGUCCCCGUGCUCUGUGCCCUGUGGCGGCGGCUACCGGAACCGCACCCGGGGCGGUGGCCUGAAUGGCCGUGUGGACUUCUCUGCCUGUGGGCUGCAACCCUGCGCCGGACCCGUGCCUGGCAUGUGUCCGAGGGGAAAGCGGUGGCUGGACUGUGCCCAGGGCCCUGCCUCCUGUGCGGAGCUCAGCGCCCCUCAAGGGACAAACCAGACCUGCCUUCCAGGCUGUUAUUGCCCAUCUGGGACUCUUCUGCUGAACAACGUGUGCGUGCCCUCCCAGGACUGCCCCUGUGCCCAUGGGGGGCGCCUUUAUCCCCCGGGCAGUGUGGUGCUUCGUCCCUGCGAGAACUGCUCCUGUGUUUCUGGGCUUAUCACCCACUGCACCUCCUGGUCCUGUGAGGAGGGUCAGCCCACGUGGUCACCCUGGACCCCAUGGAGCGAGUGCUCGGCCUCCUGUGGCCCUGCCCGACGCCACCGGCACCGCUUCUGCUCCGGGCCUCCCACCAUGGACCCGUCCGUCCUGGCGCUGCCAUCCCCACCAACCUGGCCUACCCCUCUUUGCCCAGGCCCCGAUGCUGAGGAGGAACCUUGCCUCCUGCCAGGGUGUGACCGAGCUGGGGGCUGGGGGCCUUGGGGGCCCUGGUCCAGCUGUAGCCGGAGCUGUGGGGGAGGCCUGCGGAGCCGGCUGCGAGCCUGUGAUCAGCCUCCACCCCAGGGCCUGGGGGAUUACUGCGAGGGGCCUCGGGCCCAAGGAGAGGCCUGCCAGGCUCUGCCGUGCCCAGUGACCAACUGCACCGCCAUUCAGGGGGCGGAGUACAGCCCUUGUGGCCCUGCCUGUCCUCGCUCCUGUGACGACCUCGUGCACUGCGUGUGGCAUUGCCAGCCCGGCUGCUACUGCCCACCGGGCCAGGUGCUGAGUGCCGAUGGGGCCCUCUGCGUGCCGCCCAGCCACUGCAGCUGCCUGGACCUGCUGAGCGGGGAGCGGCACCGGCCAGGGGCUCGGCUUCCCGGGCCCGACAGCUGCAACUACUGCACCUGCUCAGAGGGGAGGCUGAACUGCACAGAUCUGCCUUGCCCAGUGCCGGGUGGCUGGUGUUCGUGGUCGGAGUGGACGGCGUGCUCUCAGCCCUGCAGGGGUCAGACGAGGACCCGCUCCAGGGCUUGCGCCUGCCCUGCUCCUCAGCACGGGGGCACCCCAUGCCCUGGUGAAGCAGAGGGGGCAGGGGCCCAGCAUCAGAAGGAGAGCUGCCCCAGCUCCCCCGACUGCCCAGCGGAUGGAGUCUGGAGCCCAUGGGGACCGUGGUCUCCCUGUGACCCAUGCCUGGGGCAGUCCCAGCGAAGUCGGGAGUGUAUCUGGCCCCCCACCCCUGAGGGAGGCAGGCCCUGCCCUGGGGGCUACAGGCAGAGUCGCCCCUGCCAGGAUAAUUCCACACAAUGCCCAGACUGUGGGGGUGGCCAGAGUCUUCUCCCAUGCGGGUGGCCCUGUCCCCGCGCCUGCCAGGACCUGUCUCCUGGGAGCAUGUGCCAGCCAGGUCCGACGGGCUGCCGGCCCAGCUGUGGGUGCCCCCCCGGCCAGCUGUCGCAGGAUGGCCUUUGUGUGCCUCCCGCCCGCUGCCGCUGCCACUACCAGCCUGGAGCCAUGGGGAUCCCUGAGAACCAGAGCCGGUCAGCAGGGCCUGGGCUCAGCUCCUGGGAGAGGCUGGAACCCGGAGAGGUGGUGACUGGGCCCUGUGACAACUGCACCUGUAUGGAGGGCACCCUGCAGUGCCGGGAGGUGCCUGGCUGCCCUGGUCCUGGGAUGUGGGGUUCCUGGGGGCCCUGGGAAGACUGCAGUGUCUCCUGCGGAGGGGGGGAGCAACUCCGCUCCCGGAGAUGUGCCCGGCCCCCCUGCCCAGGCCCCGCCCGCCAGAGCCGCACCUGCCACACCCAGGUCUGCCGAGAGGCAGGCUGCCCGGCCGGACGUCUGUACCGGGAGUGCCCGCCCGGCGAGGGGUGCCCCUUCUCCUGUGCCCACGUCACUCAGCAGGUUGGCUGCUUCUCUGCUGGCUGCGAGGAGGGCUGCCACUGCCCCAUGGGCACCUUCCAGCACCGCUUGUCCUGUGUCCAGGAGUGCCCCUGCCUGCUCACCGCGGCGCUGCUACAGGAGCUGGGAACGGCUGGCGCUGACCCUGUGGCUCGGCCCCCCAUUCUGGGAGAGGGCGGUCAGCCCCUUGGGCCUGGAGAUGAGUUGGGCUCAGGCCAGAGCCUUCGUAUGGGCUGCAGGAACUGCUCCUGUGUGCAUGGGAGGCUGUCUUGCUCCAUGGCGGACUGCUCCAAGGCUAGCGAUCACUUCGGUCCUUGGGGGCCAUGGGGCCCAUGCUCCCGCUCUUGUGGUGGGCUGGGCACCCGAACCCGCAGCCGCCAGUGUGCGCAGCCCUCCCCGGCUCCAGGCAGCCAGGGCUGCGGAGGGCCCCUCCAGGACCUCAAGUACUGCCCCAGCCCGGACUGCCCAGGAGCUGGAGGGUCCACAGUGGAGCCAGUGACAAGUCUUGCAGGCGGCUGGGGCCCGUGGUCCCCGUGGUCCCCUUGCUCUCACACCUGCACAGACCCCACCCACCCUGCUUGGCGCAGCCGCACUCGCCUCUGCCUGGCAAACUGCACCAGCGGGGACCCUUCCCAGGAGCGCCCUUGCAACCUGCCCUCCUGCACAGAGCUGCCCCUAUGCCCCAGCCCUGGCUGUGUGGCUGGAAACUGUUCCUGGACCGCCUGGGCCCCAUGGGAACCUUGCUCCCGAAGCUGUGGGGUGGGCCAGCAGCGCCGCCUGCGGGCUUACCGGCCCCCGGGGCCCGGCGGGCACUGGUGCCCCGACAUCCUCACCGCUUACCAGGAACGCCGCUUCUGCAACCUGCGGGCUUGCCCGGUGCCUGGAAGCUGGUCACGCUGGAGUCCCUGGUCCUGGUGUGACCGGAGCUGUGGAGGGGGCCGAUCCCUGAGGAGCCGCAGCUGCUCCAGCCCCCCACCCAAGAAUGGGGGUGCCCCCUGUGUUGGGGAGAGGCACCACGCUCGGCUCUGCAAUCCCUUGCCCUGUGAGGAGGGCUGCCCAGCAGGCAUGAAGAUGGUCAGCUGUGCCAACCGCUGCCCCCGCCGCUGCUCAGACCUCCAGGAGGGGCUCGCGUGUCAGGACGGCCAGGCCUGCCAGCCGGGCUGCCGCUGCUCUGACGGCUUCCUGGAGCAGGACGGUGGCUGCGUGCCGAUUGGGCACUGUGAGUGCACAGAUGCCCGGGGCCAGAGCUGGGCCCCGGGCAGCCGGCACCAGGAGGCCUGCGGCACCUGCACCUGCCACGCGGGGCGGCUCUCCUGCACGGCUCAGCCCUGCCCGCCACCUGCGCACUGCUCCUGGAGCCGCUGGUCAGCCUGGAGUCCCUGCAGCCGCUCCUGUGGGCCUGAGGGACAGCAGAGCCGCUUCCGGUCCUCCACAUCGGGCUCAUGGGCCCCGGAGUGUCGGGAGGAGCAGUCCCAGAGCCAGCCCUGCCCUCAGCCCCCGUGCCCGCCCCUGUGCCUGCACGGUGCCCGCCUCCACACCCUGGGGGACAGCUGGCUGCAGGGCGAAUGCCGACAGUGCUCCUGCACCCCAGAGGGCAUCAUAUGUGAAGACGUGGCGUGUGCAGUACCCGGGGCCUGGACGCUCUGGUCCCCCUGGUCUGAAUGUCCUGUCUCCUGUGGAAGUGGCAACCAGGUUCGUACCCGGGUCUGCACGGGCUCAGCCCCCAGCCACAGGGGCACCCCCUGCGUGGGCCCUGACACCCAGACGCAGCGCUGUGGUUGGCGGCCUUGCCUGGGGCUGCUGGAGGCUUGCUCCUGGGGCCCCUGGGGGCCCUGUUCCCGCAGCUGCGGCCCAGGCCUGGCCUCCCGCUCUGGGUCCUGCCCCUGCCCACUGGCCGAAGCUGACCACACUUGCAAUGGCACAUUCCUGCACCUGGACACCCAGGCCUGCUACCCGGGGCCCUGCCUGGAGGAAUGCGUCUGGAGCAGCUGGAGCAGCUGGACGCGGUGCUCUUGCCAGGUGCUGGUCCAGCAGCGCUACCGGCACCAGGGCCCGGCGCCAGCAGCGGGCCGGGCCGGGGAGGGCUCUGCCUGCACACGACUGGACGGCCACUUUCGGCCCUGCCCCACUGCCAACUGCUCAGGAGACAGCUGCACCCCUCCCUUUGAGUUCCAGGCCUGUGGCUCCCCCUGCGCCGGGCUCUGCACCACACACCUGAGCCAUCAGCUCUGCCAGGACCUACCGCCCUGCCAGCCCGGCUGCUACUGCCCUGAGGGGCUGCUGGAGCAGGACGGGGGCUGCAUUCCCCCAGAGCAGUGUAGCUGCCUGCACCUCACAGGGGAAGGAGCCCAGCUGACCCUGGCCCCUGGGGACCGCCUGCGCCUGGGCUGCAAGGAGUGUGAGUGCCAGCGUGGGGAGCUGCAGUGCACCAGCCAGGGCUGUCACGGUCUUCUGCCUCUGAGUGGGUGGUCCGAGUGGUCACCCUGUGGGCCCUGCUUGCCUGCUGGCCUGCUGGCCCCUGCCUCCAGGACUGCCCUAGAGGAGCGCUGGUCUCAGCACCCAGCUGGCCCCUCCCCGACCUUGGCCCCCUGGCUGGCUUCGGAGCAGCACCGCCAUCGCCUGUGUCUGGACCCUGAGACAGGGAGGCCAUGGGCUGGGGACCCAGAGCUCUGCACCGCACCACUCAGCCAGCAACGCCUCUGCCCGGACCUUAGGGCCUGCCAUGACUUAUGCCAGUGGAGUCCUUGGGGGCCCUGGAGCACCUGCCAGGUGCCCUGCAGUGGGGGAUUCCGACUGCGCUGGAGAGAGGCAGGGGGCCCCCCUGGAGGGGGCUGCCGGGGGCCAUGGGCUCAGACUGAGAGCUGCAACGUGGGGCCCUGCCCAGGGGAGAGCUGUGAAGCCCGGGACACCGUGCCCACCCUUGACUGUGCCAACCGGUGUCCCAGAAGCUGUGCUGACCUCUGGGACCGCGUGCAGUGUCUGCAGGGACCGUGCCGCCCAGGCUGCCGCUGCCCCCCUGGCCAGCUGAUCCAGGAUGGGCUCUGCGUGCCCAUCUCCUCCUGCCGCUGUGGCCUUCCCAGCCCCAAUGCCUCAUGGGUGGUGGCUCCUGGCGAGGUGGCACAGCUGGGCUGCAAUAACUGCACCUGUCUCAAUGGGUCCCUGAUGUGCCCACACCGCGAGUGCCCAGUCCUUGGGCCAUGGUCAUCCUGGAGCAGCUGCUCUGCUCCCUGCGGUGGGGGCACCAUGGAGCGGCAUCGGAGCUGCGAGGAGGGACCUGCAGGGGGGCCAUGCGAGGCCCAGGACACGGAGCAAAGGCAGGGAUGUAACCUGGAGCCCUGCUCUGACUGCCCACCUGGCCAGGUGCUCAGAGCCUGUGCCACCAAGUGCCCGCGCCUCUGCUCACAUCUGCAACCUGGUGCCCCCUGCGCGCAGGAACCCUGCCAGCUGGGCUGCGGCUGCCCUGGACAGCAGCUGUUGCACAAUGGCACAUGUGUGCCGCCCGCCGCGUGCCCCUGCGCCCAGAUCUCUCUGCCGUGGGGCCUGACCUUGCCCCUUGAGGAGCAGGCCCGGGAGCUUCCCCCAGGGACUGUGCUGGCCUGGAACUGUACCCGCUGUAUCUGCCGAGAUGGAGCCUUCAACUGCUCUCCAGCUGACUGUCACGAGUGCCCUUCUGGAGAAAUGUGGCAGCAGGUGCCUCCUGGGGAGCUGGGGCCAUGUGAGCGGACGUGCCAGGAGCCCAACGCCACAGAGACUUGGGGCACCUGCCGCAUGGGGCAGGCCCCGGGGUGCGUGUGCCGGCACGGGCACUUGCGCAGCCACGCGGGCCACUGCGUGCCCCCAGACCACUGCGAGUGCUGGCGCCAUGGGCGUCCCCACCCGCCGGGAUCCGAAUGGCAGGAAGCCUGUGAGAGCUGCCGCUGCCUCCACGGGAGGAGUGUCUGCACCCAGCACUGCCCCCCCCUCACCUGUGCCCAGGGUGAGGUGACCGUGCAGGAACCAGGGAGCUGCUGUCCCACUUGCCGCCAAGAGACUCUGGAGGAGCAGUCAGCCUCCUGCAGGCAUCUCACCGAGCUGCGCAACCUCACCAAGGGCCCCUGCCACCUGGACCAGGUAGAAGUGAGCUACUGCAGUGGGCACUGCCCGUCCAGCACCAACGUCAUGCCUGAGGAGCCGUACCUGCUGAGCCAGUGCGGAUGCUGCAGCUACAGCCUGGACCCCGAGAGCCCCGUGCGGGUCCUGACCCUGCGCUGUCCCGGCGGCCGCACGGACAUCGUGGUGCUGCCGGCCAUCCGCAGCUGCCAGUGCAGCGCCUGCCUCGGAGGGGAUUUCUCAAAGCACUGAGGAUUCCGCUGUUCAAGGUUGCCUCCACCCUUCAUGCCAUCACAGGGCUCAGAGGCACUGAACCCCUCCUCCUCUUGUACCGACCUUCCCACUCCUUGCCCUGGUACCAGCAUUUUCCAAAUAAAGUGAC